AUAUAAGUCGAAGACAGUUUCGAAAUUGGGGCUUUGACCUUUAUCCUACGACUCCCUCUCACAAAAUUUACGCUUCCAGACUAUUAUAAGGCUCUUCCAUUAUAACAGAUACAAGCUAGCAUAACAUACCAAUACAAGCUAAAAACUAUACCAAUUCCACUCUAAUGACCGUCGGGGUUCAGUUCAGCUACGUCAAGGCGGGUCAAGGCCGUUCACCAUUUCUCUUGAAGCAUGGCAAUUGGAGCUCCAUGUUUACGACUAGGGAACCGGAUAUUGAUCUACAAUCCUCGCUCAGCCGAUAUUCAAAUGAGUAUUGGACGUUACUUCUUCAAGAGCCUCAAAAAGGGUGUUGUGGUUGCUGGGAUCUCUUUAUCGACAUGAAUGGAGAGGAAGUUUGGACGCAGACGCUAGGAGAGACACUAGGAGAGGUACCAAGAGAAGGGUAUUUCAUUGCUCGACUCAAUCUCGAAGCACUUGGGGUGAAAGGCAAACUAUUCCGCAAAUACGGGAAACUCCAAUCAAUAUAUAUCUUGAAGCCCAAACGGUAGCGGGUUGAAGUUCGGAAGUCGGAUAGAAGAGUAUCUUGUGGACUGGAUGUACAGGAUAAUUGACAUGUUUAUCUCUGCUUUGGGAGUUUGGUUGACUUAUACUAUAGACUAUAAACGGAUACUUCGCAAGAAUGGAUG